UCUCUUCUUUCAUUUCUGCAACUCUUUUCUCCUCCUACAAUUUUCUCUCAAAUCAAUUUUCAUAAACAAUAAAAUCUUGCUAAAACUAUUGGUUAGUAUUGUUUUGUAGAAGAAUAUGGGGAGAAAACCUUGUUGUGACAAAGAUGGAGUAAAGAAAGGUCCAUGGUCAGCUGAAGAAGACAAGAAGCUUAUUAACUUCAUUCUUAUUAAUGGCCAAUGCUGCUGGAGAUCUCUCCCUAAAGUUGCAGGGCUGCUGAGAUGUGGAAAGAGCUGUAGAUUGAGAUGGACAAACUAUCUAAGACCAGAUUUGAAGAGGGGACUUCUAUCUGAAUAUGAAGAGAAGAUGGUUAUUGAUCUUCAUUCUCAGCUUGGCAACAGGUGGUCUAAGAUUGCUUCUCAUUUACCGGGACGAACUGAUAAUGAAAUCAAGAAUCAUUGGAAUACACAUAUCAAGAAGAAGCUGAAGAAAAUGGGGAUUGAUCCAAUCACUCACCAGUCAAUUACUGUUGACCAACCAAACAUAGAACCACCAACAAAAAAUCAACCAAUUAUUCAACAAGAAAAACAAAUUACAAUGCCAAUUUCCCCUGCUCAUGUUGUCCCAGAAAUAAUAGAUAUUCUUGAUCACAACAAGGAGAUGGUUGAAACUCCUAUACUAUCAACAAUCACAGAGAUCAAAUUAGAAGACGACGACAACAACAACAAGAAGAAUACGGGGACAAGCUUCUGUACCGACGAAGUCCCCGUAAUUAAACCACAUGAAAUUUUAUUCCAUUCUGAAUCAACCACUUCAACAUCCUCAUCAUCUUCUUCUCCAUCAUCCAUUAUUCUUGAAGAUAUGCAGUUUGAUUUCAAUUGGGCAGAUGAUUUCAGCAGAACAUUGGAUUAUUUACUUAAUGAUGAUAUUGACAUGAAUAAUGUCAUUUCCCAAGAUUGGUCAAAGGUGUUGGAAGUUUGAGCAACUUUGGCUGUGAUUAAUUUUCAAAGGGGAGCUAAAUUAAGCUUUGUUCUUUUGAUUGGCAAGUCAACCUUUUUUUUCUUUUUGUUGUAUAUAGAAGUUUAGAUGGUAGUUGUUACUAAAGUAAAUGGACAAUAAAAUUUAAAAACAGAUACUAUAUCUAAGGGGACAAAAACACAAAAGCCCCAUUAAAUAUUUAUGCUUUUUUUUUUUUUUUGGUUACAAAAUGUUCAAUGGCAGAUCAGAAUGAACUUGCCAGUACAUUAUGGAUGAAUAUUAUUUUAUA